CCCGGCGGGGGAGGGGUCUCUGAGCGCGGCCCCUCCCCCCUGCGCCCCUGCCGGCGUUGCGGUGCCCGGGUCCCCGCGUGGCCUUGUCUGUCUGUCCGUCUGUCCGCGCCCAGGCCUCGCCCCACCCUGGCCCUGGAGCUGCCCGGCUGCCCCCCUACCCGCCGCGGCGGACCCACUCUUUCUGAGCCAGUCCCCUCGGCAGGCCACGCACCCAGCCGCGCGGCGGCUGCCCAGACCCUGGGCCGGCACCCCGGCAGCGGGGGCUCUUGCAGCCGGCGACCGGAUCCAGAUAUCCUGAAACCCCCGAGCAUGGGACCCCGAUUUGGGAUCAGCACCCUGAGCUCCUGCCAUGGAACCCUAAGACCUGGACCUUGAACCUCAAUAUCUGGGGCUGGAAUCCGGACAUCUGUACCUGGGACCCCAAGGUUUGGGAACUGAACCCCAUGAUUUUGGAGCAUGGACCCCCAAGCUUUGGACCUGGGACCCCAAGAUUUGGCAUCUAAACCCCCAGAUUUGGAGCUGAACUCUGAAUUGUCUGGCUGACACGGUAGCAUCUGGGAGCCAAUUCCCAAAUCUAUACCUGGGACCCUACUAUUUUGGGAAGUAAAGCCUGAGAUCUAGGCCUUCAGUUCCCAGAUCAGAAGCAUGGGAUUCGGAGGGACCUGAAAUCCUCGCUGCAGAGCCGGGUGCUGAAAGCGGGGGCUACAGACCUCCGAAUCUUGACUCAGCACCCUAGGAUCUGAACAGGAGCCCAAUUUCGGAUUUCAAGACCGGACUUGGAAUUCAGACCCUAAACUUCCCCGGGUCACUCCAGCCCAGUACUGAGAGAGCCUGGUGACUCUAAAAAGCGGCUGGGGCCUUGGUCUCUAAAACUGGACUCUACAGGCCCAAUUUUAGUGGCCUGGGACCCUGGGAGUCAAGUUUGGAGACUCCAUAGCCACAGACUGGAGUGGAGACAGGGCAGUUCCUCCACAGAGGCCCUGGGGACGGGAAGGCUUGACUGGAUGCCCUCUGACCUCUCACCCCUCGGAGCCUGAGGACUCUGCUCCCUGGGGGUGGCUUCCAGUUCAGGCCACCCCUGCCCGCGAUGGCAGCCCUUCCACUGCUUCUCUGCCUGCUACCGCUGGCCCCCGCCUCGUCUCCCCCCCAGCCUGCCACAUCCAGCGCCUGCCCCCGCCGUUGCCGCUGCCAGACCCAGUCGCUGCCCCUAAGCGUGCUGUGCCCAGGGGCCGGCCUCCUGUUCGUGCCGCCCUCGCUGGAUCGCCGAGCGGCAGAGCUGCGCCUGGCGGACAACUUCAUCGCCGCGGUGCGCCGCCGGGACCUGGCCAACAUGACGGGCCUGCUGCAUCUGAGCCUGUCUCGGAACACCAUCCGCCACGUGGCGGCCGGCGCCUUCGCGGACCUGCGCGCCCUGCGCGCCCUGCACCUCGACGGCAACCGGCUGACUGCGCUGGGCGAGGGCCAGCUGCGCGGCCUCGUCAACCUGCGCCACCUCAUCCUGAGCAACAACCAGCUGGCGGCCCUGGCGGCGGGGGCCCUGGACGACUGCGCCGAGACCCUGGAGGACCUGGACCUGUCCUACAAUAACCUCGAGCAGCUGCCCUGGGAGGCCCUGGGUCGCCUUGGCAACGUCAAUACUUUGGGCCUGGACCACAAUCUGCUGGCUUCGGUGCCCGCCGGAGCCUUCUCCCGCCUGCACAAGUUGGCACGACUGGACAUGACGUCCAACCGCCUGACCACCAUCCCUCCGGACCCGCUCUUCUCCCGCCUGCCGCUGCUCGCGCGGCCCCGAGGCUCGCCAGCCUCCGCCCUGGUGCUGGCCUUCGGGGGCAACCCGCUGCACUGCAACUGUGAGCUGGUGUGGCUGCGGCGCCUGGCCCGGGAGGACGACCUGGAGGCGUGCGCCUCGCCACCGGCUCUCGGGGGCCGCUACUUCUGGGCUGUGGGUGAGGAGGAGUUUGUGUGCGAGCCGCCCGUGGUGACGCACCGCUCGCCUCCCCUGGCGGUGCCUGCGGGUCGGCCAGCGGCCCUGCGGUGCCGGGCGGUAGGCGACCCCGAGCCCCGGGUGCGCUGGGUGUCCCCCCAGGGUCGGCUGCUGGGCAACUCCAGCCGAGCUCGUGCCUUCCCGAACGGGACCCUGGAGUUGCUGGUCACUGAGCCGGGGGACGGCGGCACCUUCACCUGCAUCGCAGCCAACGCGGCCGGCGAGGCCACCGCGGCUGUGGAGCUGACCGUGGGCCCCCCUCCGCCUCCCCAGCUAGCCAACAGCACCAGCUGUGACCCCCCGCGGGACGGGGAUCCUGACGCCCUCACCCCGCCCUCUGCUGCUUCGGCCUCCGCCAAAGUGGCGGACACUGUGGCCCCCACCGACCGCGGCGUCCAGGUGACUGAGCACGGGGCCACAGCUGCUCUCGUCCAGUGGCCGGAUCAGCGGCCCGUCCCGGGCAUCCGCAUGUACCAGAUCCAGUACAACAGCUCGGCAGACGACAUCCUCGUGUACAGGAUGAUCCCGGCGGACAGUCGCUCGUUCCUGUUGACCGACCUGGCGUCGGGCCGCACCUACGACCUGUGCGUGCUGGCCGUCUACGAGGACAGCGCCACGGGGCUGACGGCCACGCGGCCGGUGGGCUGCGCCCGGUUCUCCACGGAGCCCGCGCUGCGGCCGUGCGCCGCCCCGCACGCGCCCUUCCUGGGCGGCACCAUGAUCAUCGCGCUGGGAGGAGUCAUAGUGGCUUCCGUCCUGGUCUUCAUCUUCGUGCUGCUUCUGCGCUACAAGGUGCACGGGGGCCAGCCGCCGGGCAAGGCCAAGGCCGCAGCACCCGUCAGCAGCGUCUGCUCCCAGACCAACGGGGCCCUCGGCCCUGCGCCCAGCGCGCCUGCCCCCGAGCCUGCUGCACCCAGAGCCCAUACUGUGGUCCAGUUGGACUGCGAGCCCUGGGGGCCCAGCCAUGAACCUGCAGGACCCUAGCGCCGGGCCCACCUCCGUGGUUCCUCUGGCCCCUGGACGGCAGGGUCCAGACACCCUUCGGGACCUGGCCUCAGACUCACCAAAUUGUUCACGGUUUUUAAAACUCUGAUGGGGAGGGUGACGGGGCACCGGGGCACAACAAGAAAGUCCUAUUUUUCUAA